GGUUGGAAUUGUAUUUAAACUCAAAAAUCUCAAAAAGAAAUAUUGUGAAACAAUAAGAACAUACCUUAAAGAUCAUCAUCGAUUCACCAUCAUCAAAUCAAUGGUGUUGAUGCAAAUUACAGAUGGUGCCAUUGCCGUUCAUCUCUAAACUCAGGGCCAAGUCGGAGACGGAGAUACAGACCGAUUGAUACUUCCUCCACUCCUCGACGCCCAACACACAAACACAAGAAAACGCGGCACCAAAGAAUUUCGCCGGAGCCCUCGAUUUGCUGUUUCGUCUCUCUUCCGCACACAAACUUCCAAUUUUCCUUCGAGAUUCUGAUUUUGCGAAUCAACCCAUGUCGCAGGAUUCAGAGAAGAGAUUUCAUUCCAUCAUGGACAAGCUCUUUCAGAAUGCACAAUCCAGUCCUAACUCAAAUUCCGCAUCUUCCGCCUCCUCCUCCUCCAGUCCAUCCGGAGUACAAUUGUCGAGAGGGAAAAAACGGCCGUAUUCUUCGUCUGCUUUGGUAGUGGGAGAGCUGAGGUCAAAAAGUGAUGUUAUUGAGGCAUUGCAGAAGCAUUCUUCAGCUUCUGUUGGAUCCUCUGAUGCUCCAUUGUGCAGGCCUUGGGACCGUGGAGAUCUUUUGAAAAGACUAGCCACAUUCAAGUCAAUGACAUGGUUUGGUAAACCUAAGGUAGUGAAUGCUAUAAAUUGUGCUAGAAGAGGUUGGGUCAAUGUAGAUACGGAUACUAUUGCCUGUGAAUCGUGUGGAGCACGUCUUCUUUUCUCUACCCCAUCUUCCUGGAAUCAGCAACAAGUUGAGAAGGCCGCAUUGGUAUUUAGCUUAAAGUUGGACAAUGGGCACAAGUUACUAUGUCCCUGGAUAGAUAAUGCCUGUGAUGAAGCAUUGGCUGAUUUUCCUCCUACCCCUCCUCCAGUUUUAGUUAAUAAAUUUAGGGAGCGUUAUUCAAUGUUACUACAUCUUUCAGCUCUCCCUGUUAUUUCGUCUUCAUUUCUCAAAUGGAUGAACAGUCCUCAUCUCAUGCAAUUUAUUGAAGAAUUAACCUUGGGGAAUUUUGGCAACGAGUCUCUUGACAAAUCUGAAAUGGAGUACCUUGGAGAUGGACAUGACUCAGAUACUCCUAAAGUAUAUUAUCAGGCUCUAAAGCUAAUUAGCUUGUUUGGAUGGGAACCCCGUUCACUGCCCUAUAUAGUUAAUUGCAAGUCAGGAGGGUCAGAUCAAUCUCUCAAGAAAUCCACCACUUUUGAUUCACAUCCUACAGUCAGUCUCUUCACUACUGCCACCAAAGAAAAUGUAGAUGGAAAUAGAAUUGCUGAGCUUUCAAGUGAAUUGCAAUCUCAGCCUAAUUCUGUUGUUUUAGAUUGCCGGCUCUGUGGAGCUAGUGUUGGAUUAUGGACUUUCCAUACUAUUCCUAGGCCUGUGGAAAUCAUCAGAUUGGUUGGACCCACUGAGUUAAACAGUGAGUCAGGCACUCAUGACUCAGGCAAUAAAAGUAUCAUCAAUCAUGCAGGUAUUGGUAAUGUUGGAAUAUCAAAAUUAACUUCAACAAUUGCAGGGGGGCCUACCCCUGCACGACAGAGUUUCAAGGCCACCAUCACUUUGCCUGUAAUUGGCCAAAGUUUAAGGGCUAGGCUAUUUAAUGAUGAAAAAUUUAGUGAUCAGGUGUAUAAUGACCAAGAAAUGGUCCAAGCUGAUUCCUCGGAUAGAAAAAUGUCAGAAAACAGCAAAAGCAAUGAAGAUACCACCCCAAGUGGACAAACAGAUCAGCCAGAAGACGGAAGAUUGUUACAGAAUCAAACAAUUGAUCCUGGAUGCGGUACUUCUGGUGAUGAUCAGACUUCUUUGUUGGAAGGUACGAGUGUUACUGAUCAGGGAACCUUACCUCAAUCUAGUUUGAAUGGUUCAACUGAAGAAACUCAAGUAAAGAGCACAGAGUGUGUUCCUGCACAGAAAAUUGAAGCGUUGGAGAAUGCUGAGAAUUCAAUAAAGUCGGAUUCUGGUAAUAAAGUAGCAGAUCUCUAUCCCCUAGCUUCUCCAGUCGAAAAUCCUUUGAUGUCAACAGAUGCUGUUAUGAUCACAAGUAGUGAAUGCAGUGAAAAGGAGCUACCUUCUGAUGUCUCUGACCAAUGUGAUUCCCAACAGGUUUCAGAAAAUGAUAAUUCAAAUAGCAAAGAGGUUUCUUUGGCUGACUCGCAGGUGACCCCAUGUAAAUCUUCGCGCCUUGAAGAUGAUACAAAUACCGAUGUUGCUGGUAUGGAAGAAUCAAUGAAAGACAAACUUCGUUCUGAUAACCGCACCACUUCAGAAAACCAGGCCCGUGAAGGAGGUGACCCCAAUGACAAAGUGCAUACCUCAGUGAACAGCAUGCAUCUUGCCCAUGGUGGAGAGGAUUAUUCCAAGGGUGUAUCAUUGGGUAGUGCAUUGGAGUUCGAUCCAAUCAGGCAGCACAGAUACUUUUGCCCUUGGAUUGCCACAGGAAAUGUCGCACCUGGAUGGAAACAAACCCUAACUGCUCUACAGCGUGAAAAAAGUUCUUCACCACAUUCACCUAAGAACUCUCCAUCAGCGUCCCUCAUUAAGGUCAAUGACCCCGUUACAUCGGUUCGAAAUCUAUUUACGUCUUCUGCAAAGAAAUUGAAAAGCAGACUAAUUUCUAACGAAAGAACCAAGCACUAGACACUAUCGGUCACAUGUGAACCUGACAGAGCUUCCAGGGUUGAGUUUCUGCCUCUUCUAAGGUAUGAGAUACACACCCUUUGAAGAAGGAUUUUUCAUGUCAUGCCGUUCCCUAUUGAGUAAAUUCUCAAAUGAAUGUAUCUGUGGCCGUAUUAGUAUCUAUUUGUUCUCAAACUAGUUAUUAUGGGGUUUUGUAAUAGUACAGUAAUUUUGACUCGGUCUCUAUUUGUAGCUUGCAAUUUUUGGAAUUUAGUUUGAGGUUAAGAUUGACGAGUUUGGUCGUGGCUAUUAAUUUAGAGAGUUAUCGAAACAUAGUCAUAAAUUUGUAAGGUAAUGAUUUUGAGCGUUACCAACCUGAGUAUAACUAAAUGGUAAUUAACAUGCACACCUCAUGUUUUCGUA